AUGUGACCGCAGUUUUUGGGGAAAAUCCAUCAUGGCGCACGUGUUUCGAAGAUCUUGCAUUUUCAAAAAAAACAUUGGUUCAUUCACAGAAUUCUUAUGGACAUAUUCUCCAAUUUCUGCUACUGUCGGAAGAAGAUUCCUCUUUAGUGAUGAAUUUUUAGGGCUUGAGAGUUACAGGCGGCAGAGGGUGGUAACCCUGGAAAAAACCGGCAGCUCAAAAGCUGAAUUUAGUUCUAUGCUAAAACGUUCUAUGGAAAAGACAAACAUAGUGUUCACAGAUGACCUGAAGACGAUGGUCUUUCAAGCCGAGAGCGACGAAGAUUUGAAAACUACAAUAGAAAUGAUCAAAAGUUAUGCUCAACAGACACGCCACAGUUAUAGUACAUUCAGCUUUGGUCCGGUCGUGAUGAGAAUGUUCUAUUAUUUAAAGAGACCGGAUCUUGCUCUGGAUUGCUUUAAAGAUGAGCAUUUAGAGAAUUUCUUCGACCAAAGAUCAAGUCAUUUGGUGCUAUUGGAUAUGUUGUUAGUCAGUGGCCAUUAUAGUGACCUCCUAGAUGUCUACAGCUCCGUCAAAGCGAAAUACUUGGGCACUGAUAAAUAUCCAAAUGAUUGUACUACCCUGGCAUUAGCAGCUUUGUAUAAAGUGAAUACACCAGAAGCAUUUAAGACCGCCCUUGAGUUAUUACAAGAGUUAGGAGAACAUUCCAGUGUGGUCGUUCCAGCCAGAGCAUUGGCAUUUGCUGCAUACUUUGCUUUAGGACAGGGGAAGCCUGAUGUCUGCCUUGAAAUCCUAGAGAGCCAAAAUGAGGAAAAGUUUGUUGCAUGUCUUAACAUGAAGGCGAUGGCAAAAGCAGACCUUGACUUGGUAGAAGAAGCCAUAGCGUUAAUUACCAGUUUAUUGUAUAAGGAUAUUCCAGACUAUAUCAAGAUAAGGCAGGAAAUCUUCCCUGAAACAGUAGAAAAGAUUACCAAAGCCGUGGAAAGAAGAAACAAAUCUGAAGUCACUCAUAAAUUUCAAAUCGUACUGAAAGACUUAGAGCGGAGGCAACACCUUACAUUUCAGACAUUCGAAGACUUUAUUUUUGAACCUAUCGUGAGAAAAUUGGCGAUGAAAGGUGGAUUUAAAUACAGACAGAGAGGAAAUAUGCAGAGACAGGCGGACUAUAUCAACAGUUUAACACCGCGGAAACGUGUGGGUUUAAGCGAUUUAGAAUAGUAAUUUUUGCUGCUACAUGGAGAUACACCUGUGAUCCCCGUAACUUGUUGGCUAAUCAUCCUUUAAAACGGACAUUGAUGAGGAUGAGAAAGAAGUUGACAAAUCUUUAUGUGCCAUUUGAGGGCUGCUUGAAAAUUGUGAUAAAGACAUUUAGAAAUAAAUGGAUUCAGCUGA